CGCAACAAGUCAUUCUUUGGUGCUGGAUUUAGGAUCUCGAUGGAAAACAACGUGAAAGCAAUCAAGAGAUACAUCUUUUAAAUAUUGGGCUGAACCCAGUCUGAUAUUUUUUAAAAGCGGGCGGGGGCGUUCCCACGCGACACGCGCGCACCCUCGAGACGAAGAGCGGCCGAGGCCGGGCUCGCCCUCGGACGCUACGCAAAAUCCGGCGGCGGCCUCGAUCCGGCAUGGAGGUAUUGUCUGGUUGCGUAACCCCUCCGUUGUGCGCCCCCCCCCCCCCCCAGGCUAAUGAGUACGCGCUGCCCGGCCUCAAUUCCAGCCUGGACGAAGUCAAGCCCAGUUUGUCGGCCAACGCCAACCCGGAGCUGGGCCCCAGCGUGUCGCAAAGCUUCCCCGUAGGUCGCGACAUGGCCAACACAACGUUACCCGGGUACCCCCCUCACGUUCCACCCACAGGCCAGGGCAGUUACCCGACUUCCACGCUGGCUGGAAUGGUUCCUGGGAGUGAGUUUUCGGGGAACCCCUACAGUCAUCCGCAGUACACCGCCUACAACGAAGCUUGGCGAUUCGGCAAUCCGGCCUUACUAAGUUCCCCUUAUUAUUAUAGUGCCGCGUCGAGAGGUUCCGUCCCACCCGCCGCCGCCGCCGCCGCUGCCUAUGACCGGCCGUAGUUACCAUGGAAACCAAUCGGCCUGCAGGACCGCCGCCUCAGCCUCCAGAUUUGAGCGCGGCCAACUCACAGCACGAGGCCACUUUUUUUUGGGGGCCGUUUUGGUUUGUUCUAU